AUGACACUCGUAGGGGCUGCAGGCGUGGACCGUUGCUCCGCGAUCGCGGACAUGUUUGAGCAUCUCUUCGGACCAGGGACUGGAACCUGCUCUUGUGCCAGUAGCAGCACUUUGAGAAGGAUCAACCACGCUGAUUACCACGAUCCUACACCUGGCGGACAUUAUUCUUCGGGGACAUCCUCUUCCACUUCCUUCUUGAACACUACAGCUGUAACCUUAAAGAACACGACAAAAAUAACGUCCUUCUUACGCUUCAACAAGCCUUUCACAGAUGCUGAGGCCAGUAGUACGUACGAAAACGGGAACAAUCCGAUGUUUGGCGCGAAGAGGGCGUUAGAUCCUGGUGGCGGCUACUGGGUUUCUGAUGGGCAGCACACUAGGGACGAAAUCGUCAGUAUGCAAGCUUCUUUGAGACACCGUCACCGUGCCAACGGGGUGCGCGUGAAUUGGGCAUAUGCGCCGGGGAUGGUAUCUGUUGUGACUACUUUUAAGUUUAGACAACUCUGCCUCGAUCAUCAUUUUCCUUUGUGUCAAGAACAACAUCCUUAACUAUCUAAGUACGCUCGUCAGCAUACGUGGUCUAAAACAUUUCCGUCUAAAGAAUCAUUCUCCACCAAAACUAGAUCACACUUUUUCAACUUUUGUAAUGAUUGACACUGCAGGUUCGCGUCCGCGUAUCAGGGGAUGGGAAGCAUUUUUCGGAUAGUAUGUGCUGGACGAAGACGGCUAGUCCAGACGAGAGUUUUGAGGAGGUCCUUAUGUUCGAUCGGCCGCGCAACAUCAAGGCAGUGCGUGUGGACAUGAAGGAACCGAGAGCUUACAAGUACUUCGGAAUCAACCAGAUGGCGCUUAAGUAGGAACAGAAGAUCAUGGCGGAAUCAACCAGAUGGCGCUCAAGUAGGAGGAGGUGUUCUUGAUGUUGGCGCUAAACAAGUACACAUGGCGCUCAAGUAGGAGAUCUUGAUGUUCUUCAUGUUGGCGGUGACGGUGCAGAAUGGCUUGUAACAGAAGCCGACGGUGAAAUAGGUGUAGGAAGGCUUGGGGGCGAAACACCAAUACCAGGGUUGAUCUGAUGUUGAUUUGGUGCGGGCGAAGCCUUUUAGGGGUUGUGGGUUCUUCCUGGCUAGGUCUACAGCAGAGGAUAGGUCUUUGUUUUUGUUGAUUACACUUAAGAUGUUGUUUGGUGUUCCACUUGUGCAAUGUUGAUCAUAUGAAUCCUUUUCUACGUUGUCUUUUGUACUUAGUCUAUUCCAAAAUCAGGUACUAUGAGAUCGAUCCUGAUUCAUGAUUCCUUGAAAUCACACUGCUUAAUACUUUCCGCACAGUGUUUCUCCCCGAAUAUUUCCGCAUUGAAUCCCGUUUUACAACAUUCCAAGAAUCACUUUUUAAGCUGCAAGAAUAAAUUGGGAAUCGAACUGAACUUGAGAGAAUUGUAAUCUCCUUGUA